GAUUCAGUUCUCAAUGCUCUUGAUUACAAAGACUUCCCUGCCUUACAUCGGGCUCGAGAAAAAAUUGCAGCGAGCAGCAAAGACAAGAAGCUUGAUGUGGUUUUCCGAUCUCGCAUCACAGCAAUGCUUGGUGCUUUGAACCUCUACCUUGAUCCGGAGCUGUCGUAUGGUUGGCGUGAAGCAUCUCUCGUGGCCUCGAAAUCACUAGGCCAAGGAAUCAAUCAUGCACGCAACAUA